UACAAAUCACAAGCAGGAAGUAUUUAAAAAAAAACAAAGAAUAUCAUUGCAUGCAAACCUCUACAGCAACGGCAACCGCAACCACUAACACCCACACCAGCGGCCAUUUUGAGUUCAUUCUCAAAAUAAACUCUCGCACAUAGAUACAACACUAAGCCACCCGCAAAGCAAGUGUUCACUAACCAUUGCAUUAUCUCAACCAGUAUUUUACACUGCCGAUUGCAAAACUCUUUUCACAGGCAACCAUAGAUAAAAUACAACUGAGACGCGAUGUGGAGAUUUUUAAACAAAAGUUCUUUUUUCGAAUCAAUUUGUGUGGCACGUUUUAUCGAUAAGAUGUGUCUCGGUAUUCGAUUGAUGCUUCGAUUGUUAUGAAUAACCUUGGAUUGACAGUUACUGUGAGUCGGUUUUGCUGAGUCGAUAAUUAAGUGGUGAGUAUCGAUUUUAAUACGUGCCCACACGCAGUCGGUUUAAGACGGAAUAAAAUGUGAUUUGAAAUGCCUCGAUACGUGGCUCUUUUGUUAAUAAUGAUGAUAUGUGAAAGUGUGAGAGCGCCGCCUCCUAUGCGAGUCACUAUAGAUUGCUCGGCUGAUAAAAGAGACACUCCAGCAGUAAGCUACGGCCCCAACUUGAGAGCAAAGAACGUCCACAGCGAUUUGGAUAUGCGCUCCUUCUGCAGUCUUAUUAACAGUGCUAUACCCAAAGCGGUCGAAGAUGGACGCUUCAUACUCCUUGAAGAUAGAGAUGAUCAGGAGGGCUUUGGUGACACCCUGUUUCCGAUUUCAGUGGCGCCUCCGGCUGGAUUCAUUCCGAAAUUGCCGAAUUUAAGGCCACCAAGAUUGCGUAUCCCAAAACUGAAAGUGCCGACGCUGAGCUUCCACGAAAAAACACUUUUAACGCCCAAGCUCGGUUCGUUUCGUUCGCCAAAGGUUUUUGCGGCCAGAGCGUCACCAGAUGAAGAAACCAGUGCAGAGAGAAUGGAAAAAUUCAAGAAGGGCGUACAAAAACUGUUGCACGUUGUCAAAGUUCUUAGCAAAGUGGACCAGUAUCUCUCUGAAAGGACGCGCAUAAUCGUAGAUAAACUGUCGAAGACUUUUGAUUGAUUAGUUUUUUAUAACUUUUUUAUGUUUUUUUAUGAAUACACAUUUUUUAUGUUUUUAA